CUCAUUAGCCAACGAUCUCUUUCAUUAGCUCCGCCUCUUUGCUUCAUUCGCAUAGCUAGCGAUACUGGGGUGUUUGGCACGUUUCUUCUUUAUCGCGUUGCGGAGGGAAGAUCGCAAAACCGUUGUUCAUCAUGCCACCUACUUUCAGAUCUUCACGCUCCGGUCGUCAAUUCGGCGAUGGCGCCAACCGCACUAGAACCGGCCAGAUCGACCACGAUGUCUUCGAAGGACUUCCGGUUCGACGAUGGACGCGCCAGCUACAGACCGUCUCCCAAACCCCCAAGCUGGACGGACAGGAAUCAUUUGUAGAAGGCCCUGGCGGAAAGCAAACGAUUCCAGAACACCCAAUGCCCAAAGACAGCCAUCUAUUAACCCCGAUGAGUAGAGCGCUCCUCCGUGCGGCCCGUGCAGGGUGCAUAUAUAUUCGCAAAGCCACAAAAGAUGCAGAGGAUGAAGAAAAGGAGGUUACAGAUGUGGAAGAACAGCCAGCCUUGCAGACUACGGAGCGUAGCUUUGUUACGCGCAAGUGGAGCACGGUCCCCAGGCACUUGGAGAACUCAGAGGUCGAAUUUCUUGCUAAGAGACGACCGGGCUUGCCGUCAUUAUAUGGUGCUACAACCGCCGGUGCCAAUGGCGCUGAGAAUGGGUCUGCGCCAAUGAGGAGGACCCGCUUCAAGAAGGUUGACCCGAACAGUGGAAACAUCUCUGUCUACGAGGCCUGGGUGCCGGAAGGGCAUAAGAUUGAAGGGGAAAUUACCAACGACUCUCAACUGGUACCAGAAAACAGCGAAACAAUUGUAACACCCGAGGCGCCUGCUCCUGGAACAGUUAUUGAAGGUGUUGGCGUGGUCAAUGCAGAAGGCGUGGUUGUGGCAGAUCCAGCCUCAGCGGCUGUCAUGACUCCUCCGAAGAGGCGCCCCCCGCCUCCUAAGCGUAAGGCGAAGGGCUUCGGGAAAGGAAGGAGGAAGAAGGUCAUGUUCGCUCCUGGUGAGGGAGCAGAUGCAAACGCCGUACACGGAGCCGGCACUGGAGCUGGCGAUGGCAGCGCCGAAACAGGUUAUGGUAAAGAGGGUGCGGAUAGGUCGCGGAUUUCAGUCGACCAAAAUGGCCAGGAAGAAGAAGAAGAAGAUGCUGAGGAGGGCGAGGAAAGCGACGACGGCGAUGAGUCUAUGCUGGAUGCUAAGACACCGGAGACCCCACUUCACCAACCAAGUGCAGAGCCGACAACUGAUUCAGCAUCUGGACCCGUGCCGGAAGUAGUUCCUACUUCUACUGCACCCGCUACUGAAGCCGUGGUUGCUUCACAACCGCCAGCUCCAAAUCCUCCAGCCGUCGCGUCAGAAUUACCUGCGCAGGCACUCCCACAGCCACCUGCAGUACCCACUGUAUCAUUCGCACCACAGCAACCCUUCCAGCCUGUUCGGCCCAGUACUGAUCUACCAAGCUCUACCAUUCCUCCCGCAAAGCCAACACAAGUGACACCUGCUGAGGAUGUGGAGAUGACCGGUGUCAGCCCCGAGUUCCCCGCUGACGAUGCUGCAUCCCUACCCCAGACAACACUGAAUACUCAACAGCAGACAGCCCCCGAGACCAUUGAAGCACCGACUGAGACAGCCACAGAUGCAGUCCCCACACAGCUUCAACACAUCCCGCAGGUCACUGCACCGGACUCAUUCCCUGUCGCGAAGAGUGAAGAUCCAACUGGGAAGCCAUUGGAAGCUCCUUCGAUGGGACAGACUGACUCGGUAGCCGAAGUAGGCAUCGUGGACGAGAAUGUGAAAUUGGAACCGCCGACUAGCCUUCCACAGAUGCCGCCACCAGAACAAGCUCCUCAGCCAGAGCAGGCACUCCAGCCACAACAGACUGCCCAGCCAGUACAAACUCCCCACCCACAACCGACCCAUCAGUUAGAAGACACCCCCCAGUCAGAACAAACUGCCCAACCAAAACAAGCUCCCCAGUCGGAACAGAUCCUCAAAUCAGAGCCAGAUUCGUAUCCCGAGCCGGCUUUACAGCAGCUCGCCGCCCAGCCAGCUGAGGAUAUUGUAGAGAACAAUGGUUCCAGUCUCUUGGACAGUUUAGAAGCAAGUUUAGGACAUGCUCCUGACGUCGAGAAAGGGGGCGAGGUUCAGUUUGGUGAUCAAACAGAAGCUCUAUCUGACCACAAUGCUGGUCAUAUCAGUACGGAGACAACCCAGCAACCUACAUCUAUGGAGAUAGACGUUGACACCAUGGACCGGUACACUGAGCCAACCUUGCAAUCAGCAGCAACACAACCUGCAGAGCCCAUUGAGCCGGUGGCUGACCAACCACCUACACACACCCCAGAAAUUGCUACCGAAAACAGCGCAGAGCAAGCCACAGAACCCCCUACGGAACAGCAGAUGCAGCCCACGACGGAGACACCGAUAGAGCCAUCAAUAGAGCCUGCUACUCAAGAAUUCACGCAAGCUUCUGUUGAGCAGCUAGUCGAACCUACCGUGGAACAGACUGAGCCGAAAGCGGAGGAGCUGGCCCCAGUGCAGGUGGAAGAACCACAUGGAGAGCCCCAAGGAGUACAACCACCUGAAGCACAGCCAGAACCGAUUCCACAACAGAGCUCAGCACAAGAAAAAGAACCUUCCCCGGCUAGUAAUUCAGAAGCACCUGCAGCGUCACUCCCAGAACUGCCGCAAGAAACACCUAUCGAGCAGAUUCCACAGCCUACGGAGCAAGCAGUAGCGCAUCCUUACCUGGAAGCACCGGUGAAGCCGUCAAUGGAACAAGUAGAGGAGCGACCCGAUGCUUCUCAACCAGAGACGACACAGCCUCUCCAAGAGGAUGAGCCUCUGCCACCACAGCAACCGGUUGAACUCCAGUCACCCCGGAUUGCGACUCCACCUGCACCAGCCAGUACAGAAGACGUCCAGCCCAGACCCAUCGAGAACAGUGAAACCAGUGAAACCCACGAGUUAACUGCACCAAAUUUCUCUCCAAUCUCUGACUUGAAUCCUGAGCUUGAAAAAAAGGAGGAAACAGAAACACAGCCAAAAGCAGGGGAGACAGCACCAGCACCAGCACCGGGACCUGACACUGUUCAAGACCCAUCGAGCUAAUCUGCACAUAGUAUAUAGUAUUUGUUUGGGGGCAAAGGGUCGCUUGAUUGAACUGGGACCAGGCGUAUAUCGGUGUACGGCGUUGUAUUGUGCUGGAAAGGGGAUUCUGGAUUUUAGGACCAGGCAUAUUUGGAUCGAUCGCAUGUUGUAUCAUAGGAGUAUCCACAAGUCAGAACGUCAUACAAAGCUCACACCUUUUGUUCUCAUGAUAACCCGCAAAAGACAGGAGAGUCGCGUAUCGCAGAGGCCGAGAGCGAUUGAAAACAAACCAUGGCAUGCUAAUCUCUUCUGUACGUUAUGAAAUGGUUCCAGCG